AUGGAACGGAGCUAUGAUAAGCGACAUAGCAAACAUCACAAGGAGAAGCAUAAGAAACGGGCUCACAAAAAAUAUAGAAGUCAUUCUAGUGGUACACAUGAACAAUCUUAUGCUACAGUAAAUUCUAAUAAACCCCUUGUAGAAUACUCUGACGUAAGUUCAGAGGAUUUGUCAGCCCCAGAGGCUGGAGAAAUAGAGAGUGAGGCUAGCUCAAUUGGUCGACACAUCGCUGAUGAUCUUGACCGUACAAGAAAAUCCCACCCAGUACGCACAUUUUUAGACAACAAGACAAUAUCUGUUACAACUACUUCAAGCCGUCGUGCAAUUGAAGAAUAUCCUCUCACACGUGAUUCUUCUUCAGCAGUAUCGAGGAAACGAAGAGAGCUGGAAUAUGUGGAAGCUGAGCCAGACUUCGAUGAACACUCCUGUUAUAAGAAGAAAAAAGAGAAGCGUAAGAAAGAGAAAAAGAAACGUAAGAAGAAGUCAAAACAUCGGUCAAGGUCAGCUAGUCUUGAAAGUGUAUCCCCUGAUGAUAAUGUACCAGUGGAGACUCCAAUACGUCCAUCAACCCCAAAGAGAUACCAACAAGUGCCUAUAAGUGAAUGGGAGAAGGCAUCAUCUCCUCUUCAGAAUGGCUCAUGUUCACCGGUAUCUCCUACCACGCCUCCACUGAUGAGGGGGAGACACGAUGACUCACCACAAAUACGGAUUCCUGUACAUAGAGAGCCGUCUCUGCAUAAUGCUGUUAUGUAUUCACCUCGCAGGGAAAGGUCACCAAUAGUUAGAAGGAGACAGAAAUCGAUGACACCCCAUACGCCGUCCGUGCCUCCAUACCAUGAGACUGUUACUAUAGAUUCUGAUACUGAACAAGAUUAUGAACGUGUGAGGAGGGAUUAUUGGACAGAUCACAGAGUGCAGUCACCUAUUAUGGUCAUAUCAGAUUCGCCAGUUCACGAGGCGGUCCGAAGUCGCGAAUACAGCCCGCGUCGCGGCCACCGGCGCAAGAGUCCCCGUAGGCGACAUCGAAGUAGGGAACGGGAACGGGAACGGCAUAGGGAAACCCGUGUACAUCUAAGGUCACACAGUCGCAGCUCACUGAAGCGACGACGGUCAGUAUCAAGAAGCAGGCGGCGAUCAUCAUCACCACCUAGGCAUAGGUCGAGACAUGGCGAAGCAAGUAGAGAAAAGCACAGGAGUAAGCAUGAGUCACCCAGUCCACCAACAAUGCUACAAAGGAAGAUUGACUUCAAGGAGAAGAUUAGUGAUACAAGCUUAUUUGCUGAGCUUGUUAAGGAUAAACACAAAAGGGCUAAGAAACUGCAAGAGAUUUUGAGCCAGAAGGAAGAGGAAUCGCAAGGAGCAAUUUCUUCAACCACAUCUAUCAACAAUCCAGAGAUUCUGACCAUUGAUGAAUUGUCCAAUGCUACUGCCGACAGUUCAACACAGGUUUCAAAAGAAAAUGGUGAUAAUAACAAAGAUGAGGCCCAACAACAAGACAUUGUCGAUAUACCAAUGCCAACACAAUCGGAUACGGAGGCAAAUCAGCUACCAAUGCAGGCGCCACCUGAAUUUGACUCCUUUGAAGAGAAGGCCACAGCAAAUGGUGAGACGACUGAUAGCAAUGAAGCUGAGCACAAACCGCAAACCCCACCACCAAUUGAACCAACAGUUACAACAGCACCAACAGUACCAACAUCAAACACGUCUGCUCCGUUACCACCAUUGCCGAAAGUGGGUGGCAGUGUUGUGGAUGGAGUGUAUUUACAAAACAGUCAACAGCCUCCGGUCCAGAAACCUAAGAGUCUCACUAAGCUGCCUAUGCCCCCUAAUACUCAGGUUGAAGACUUAAAAACAUUGGCAAAUGAGAGUCCCCUUAGUACACCUUCUCCUAGUCCAGUGAAAAAACCAGAGAAGCCAAAGAGAACUGGCAUUAUGAACCUUCCUAUGCCGCCAUUGGUGGGCGAGUCUGAGGAGUUGAGCGGCGACGAGCUGGACGGCUCCACGCCCCCGCCGGCUUCGCGUCGCGACUCCUACUCGCACGUGUUCAGAGCGCACUCCAAGCAACGUGACCCCAACUCUAGUUCCAAACUGAAGAGGCCGAGAAUUUUGAAAAGACGCGGCUCUAAAGUUGUACCCGUUGCUACGCCGACGUAUCACGCUAAAGACUGGGGAGAGAAGUGUGUCGAUGGUUUCCAGGUAAUAACGCAAAUUGGUGAAGGCACUUAUGGGCAAGUGUACAAAGCAAGGGAUAAAAACACCGGUCAACUGGUUGCACUGAAGAAAGUUCGUCUGGAGAAUGAGAAGGAGGGCUUCCCCAUCACCGCUGUGCGGGAGAUUAAGAUCUUGAGGCAAUUAAACCAUAAAAAUAUUGUCAACUUGAGGGAAAUUGUUACUGAUAAGCAGGAUGCUAUGGACUUCAGAAAAGACAAAGGCUCCUUCUACCUGGUGUUUGAAUAUAUGGACCAUGACCUAAUGGGACUCCUGGAAUCUAAGAUGGUGGACUUCACAGAGUCACACAAUGCUUCGAUUAUGAGGCAGUUGCUGGAUGGACUUGCAUACUGCCAUAGGAAGAACUUCCUCCAUCGUGAUAUCAAAUGCAGUAAUAUUUUAAUGAAUAAUAAAGGUGAAGUAAAGCUAGGGGACUUCGGUUUAGCGCGACUAUGGUCAGCGGAAGACAGACAGCGUCCAUACACCAAUAAAGUGAUAACAUUAUGGUAUCGACCUCCUGAGCUGCUGUUGGGCGAGGAGCGAUACGGGCCGGCAGUAGAUGUGUGGUCAAUGGGUUGUAUCCUGGGUGAGCUGUUCCUUAAACAUCCACUCUUUCAGGCCUGUGUAGAGAUGAUGCAAUUGGAAAUGAUCUCUAGAGUCUGUGGUACCCCAGUACCAGGCGUGUGGCCUAAUGUUGUUAAUCUUCCACUAUGGCACACCCUGCGACCAAAACGAUUUCACAAGCGUUGUGUUAGGGAACAGUUCGCGUUUAUGCCCGGCCCAGCAUUAAAUCUACUCGACCGGAUGUUGGAACUUGAUCCAGAUAAAAGAAUUACCGCCGAAGAAGCACUUAAAAGCCCCUGGUUGAAAAAUGUGGUGCCAGAACAAAUGCCUGCUCCAGAGUUACCCACAUGGCAAGACUGUCAUGAACUUUGGUCGAAACAAAGGAGAAGGCAGCAGCGUGAGCAGCAAGACCAACAGACAAAACCAAAGUCUUAUGGCUUCACCUCCAAUGAUUGUGACAAAGAUUCCAACUUCAAACAGAAUGAGUCUUCCAACCAAUCGGACUCUAGCUUUAAAAGUGAACCAUACAAGAUGGAAAGUGGUUUUAAGUCAAAUGAAACGAGUCAAGAGGCAGUUGGACAGGUUAAAUAG